AUGAUUCACCACCCGUAGCAAUAAAUGAUUUUUGCUUAGCAACCAUCACAAAUAGGCCUUAUGGGCAACUAAUAACCUAUUCAAUAGCAAUGGGCUAAUUAUUUGCCUAAUGUCACUCCAUAAGACCCUCACUAAGACUUAUUUAUGGGGCAACAAAAAGUGAAUGGACUAUCUAGUUGCGCUGCUUAAAUAAAUCCUGCUUAAUAUUAUAACUAAUAUGGCGGAGCUCCAAUUGGAAUGUAGACAAAUAUAAAUAUGAAUGGCUCUAGUUUGGUUAGCACUCACAGUGAAUCUUAGCAGGCUUAAAGCAUUGUGAAAUAGCGUUAUAUUCUACAUAGUGAACUAGGAUAAGGCUCAUUCAGUAAAUUAUUGAAAAAAUUGAUCAAAUUUUUAGGUGUGAUUUAUUAAGCAUUUGAUAUAUACGCUCAAAGAGAUGUUGCAUUAAAAAUGGAGAAAAAGGAUAAGGCAAGAAAGAUACUUUAAAAUGAAUACUCCUUCCUAAAGAGACUACAAAGUAAACAAAUACUUGGUUAAAUAACAAAUCUAGACAUUCCACAUAUUGUGAAAACAUACGAUUUUGAGAAUUAAGAGGAUAUUUAGUUAGAAAACUUCAUAGUGAUGGAUUUAAAAGGCAUAAGUUUAGCAAGCUACAAAAAAAACAAUAAUAUUAAGAAUGAGUACUAAGCGAUUGAUAUUCUCUAGCAAGUUCUCACAGCUAUUUAAUUUAUCCAUCAUGAAGGAAUUAUUCAUCGGGAUAUCAAACCUUCUAAUUUUGUCAUGGGUUUCAAGCCAGAGGAGAAAAAUAAAGUCUUUUUGGUUGAUUUUGGAUUGGCGAAGGAACAUUUAGACCCAUAAUCUGGAAAACCAUAUGAUCAGAGGAGAAAUACUGAUUUUAGAGGAACCAUUCCAUAUGCCAGUAUUAAUGCUCAUUUAAAGAAGGAGUUAUCUCGAAGAGAUGAUUUGUGGUGCUUUUUUUAUAUGAUGCUGGAAUUCCUUGAUGAACAACUCGUCUGGAAAACCUGCAGUAAUAAAGAUAAAGUCAAAGAGAUGAAAAUAGAAGCUUUUAAGAGGCCUGAUUUGCAUUUAUAUCCAAAGAUUGGUUAAAAACAUCCUUAGAUCAAAGAAAUUCACUAGCAUCUUGUGAGUCUUAAAUAUGCUGAUGAACCAAAUUACGACCUAAUAAGAGAGAAGUUAAUUUAAAUCUAGAAGAAAGCGUAUAAGUCUCUUCAUGCAAAGCAAAGAUAAAAUUUACCAGCACCUUAAUAGACAUUAGGCUUAUAACCCAAUGCGAUUCCUUAAAUCAUACCACCAUCAUCAUAAUUUAAUAAUAAUAUCCAACAAACACAGCAGAAUCUGAUUUUGAACAUCUAAAAUGGCUAAAAUUAGCAGUAGAUAAGAAUGUAUGAUCCCAACUUUAACCCUCAAAAUAAUUAUGUAAUUCCAUUUGGCCAUCCAAUCAAUCAAUAAAUGAAUCAACCUCAUCCUAUGCCCCCACAUGAUCAGUAUCAAUAGUAUUUUAUGAUGGAUCCAUUUUUUACCUAAAACGCUAUGAUGCCUCGAUAACUUUAUCAUAUCCCCGACAACUAGCAAUUUAUAAAUAUGGAUCCUUUCCUUUAUUAGGCUUCAAAUCAAUAAAUUCCUUAUAUGCAGCCUCAUUAAGCUCCUUAUAAAUAAGCAAUUUAUGAGCCAGUUACUUAAUAAUAGGGAUAUUGUGUCAGUAAUGAAUAAUAAGAAUUGGGAAAUAGAAGGAUAUUAAAGCAAAUUAGCAAAUUAGCAGAGUUAGAAAAAAUACAAAAAAAUAAAGCAUUUUUAGAGCAAUAGUAAUAGCUUUAAAUGCUUCCAAAUAAUCAGCAAUAAAUUUUUAUUGACGAUCAAGAUGAUGAUCUUACUUAGAAAAAUCUAUUAAAUAUUAGUAAUGAUCAUCAAAUCAUAACGACAAACACCACAUUAAAUAAAUAAAUUGAGAAAAUAUCAUCAUAAGGAAAAAUCUCAAGUGGAAAAAAAUCUUUUUAAUAAAAUCAAUAGCAUAUUGAAAAAACAGAUGAUACUGAAAAAGAAGAAAAUCAUGGAUUAUAGCCUAUUCAAGAAAAUGCUUAGGAAUUGAUUUUAAAUUCAGGUGGGGAUAGCCUAGAUGACAGAGAUAAUUAAAAUUAGCAUACAAGUAUGAUUUGUAACCAAUCAAAAUCUGGAGAAGCUGGUAACAAUUUAUAUUAGAUCAAGGAUUUGAUAUUAAUACCUGAUUAUGAGAGAUAUAAAAAUGCUGAUCACUCAUAGAUGACUAGCUAGAAGUAGCUUUUAUUAAAGGGCGAUAACUUCCCUAGCAGGAAAAGAGGCAGACCUAAGGGCUCUAAAAAUAAACCCAAGAGCGGAAGAAGAUAAAGAUUAGAGAAAGAUUUAUAAUAAAGCAAAGGUGAAGCAUAUUGA